AUGAUAUCAUCAUCACUGGGUGACGAAUUCGACUACAUUAUCAUCGGUGCCGGCAUUGGAGGCCUUGUCGUUGCAUCCAGGCUGAGUGAAGAUGACACUAAAAGCAUUCUUCUGAUCGAGGCCGGUCCCGAUUGUGCAGGAGAUCCACGAGUUGAGAUACCAGGCCUGGUGACAACCUUGUAUGGGGAUGACAAACUGGACUGGGGAUUUAUGAGCGAGCCUCAACUGGAAGUCAAUGGCCGGCAAAUCCCCCAACCGCGAGGACGCAUGUUAGGCGGGUCAUCUGGGCUCAACUUUUCCAUGAUCAUGUAUCCCUCGGAUCAGGACUUUGAAGCCUGGCAGAAACUAGGAAACGAACUAUGGAGUGCAGAGACUAUGGCUCCUUAUGUACGGAAGUUCCACAGAUAUAAACCUCCAGAUCAAGUUAUUAUCGAUCAAUUGGGGUUGGAUGGUUAUCUAGAUCCUAGCAAGCAGGGAUGCAGUGGUCUGUUGCCGGUCUCUUUCCCAUCCACGUACGGUAUAUUCAACCGUGCUUGGAAUGAGACUUUUGCAAGACUCGGCUGGCAAAACUCGGAUGACCCAAUUCUGGAGUCUAAAAUGGGCGGAUUUACAUGCCCCUUGUCUGUGAACCCUGAAGUUUCAACCCGCGGAUCGGCCAACGCGUAUCGUAUAGAGCGAGCUAAUUUGUUGUUGCUCACGGAAACAAGAGCUGAACGCAUUAUUUUUGCCUCGGAAGACAAGUCCAAUGGGCAGCGCAUUGCAACAGGUGUCCAAAUAGCUGGUGUCGGUGGACGAAAGUUAGUCUCGGCGAGGAAAGAAGUGAUCCUCUGUGCGGGCAGCCUGCAGUCUCCUCAACUGCUUGAGAUUUCAGGAAUUGGGAAUGCAGAACUCUUGCAGAAACAUAACAUUCCCGUUAUUGUGAACUUGCCCGGUGUUGGAGAAAACCUGCAAGAUCAUUGUAUCUCAUCGAUCAGCUACAAAGUCAAUGAUGACCAGGUCUCAGGAGACAUCCUGCGGGAUCCGCGCGUCGCGCAAUCUGCUAUGGAGUUGUAUCAGAAGACCAAGACGGGACCUAUGGUCGGCAUGCCUAUCAGUGUGGCGUAUCUUCCCCUUGUAGACGGCUGUCAACGUGCAUCAGCGGAAGAUCGUCGUCACAUAAUCAAUGCACACCAAAGUGCGCCGACGCCGCACAACAGCAUUUCUUUGGGCACACAAACCCAGAAUACCAUUAUCUCCUCGAUGCUUCGGGAUAGCGCAGAGGCUGCCGCUGAAUACAUCUUUCUCCCACUCCAACUACACGCCAACCGCGGUGCGACAAGCAUGGCAGAUCUGUUCGAAAAGAAGGCCGACGGAAACUAUAUUAGCAUUCUAGCUAUGUUGUCUCAUCCAUUUUCUCGGGGAACCGUUCAUAUAAAUUCAGCGAAUAUUGACGAUAAGCCCGUCUUCGAUCCAGGAUACCUCAGCCAUCCAUUGGAUUUGGACAUUCUCGCGCGUCACACACAGUUUAUUGAACAGAUCGUGCGGACGGAGCCGUUUCAGUCACUCAUCCAGCCAGAUGUCCGGAUUCCGGAUAUAAUUACAAGUCCGAAUUUAUCAUCAAAUCUGGAGGUUGCCAAGUGUGUGGUGAAAGACCGACUCCUUUCAUGCUUUCACCCUGCAGUUACCUGCUCUAUGAUGCCUGUUGAACUAGGAGGAGUAGUGAAUGAUCAGCUCAAGGUGCAUGGCACGAGCAAUCUGCGAGUGGUUGAUGCUAGUAUUUUUCCAAUAGAGCCGAGUGGCAAUAUUCAGGCGACUAUUUAUGCAGUCGCCGAGAGAGCGGCAGAUCUCAUUCAAGGCAAAUGA